AAACCAUCUCUCACUCAGUCCGCUUGACGCAGACACACCAAAUCGCCUUAUAAUUGUUUAGACUUAAACGCUGCUCUCAUGUCCUUGGAUAUUUAAUUGUAGGAGACGAGAAAAAUAACGGGAACCAAACUUAUUCGUCGUGAUUCAUCGCUUUCCGCUCGGCUUUGAAUUUCGAGGAGACACGUAGAUCCCGGUUUGACUUCCGUCUGCUGACGGAUUUAUCCUCUCAGCUGUUGGGUGAAAGGAGGAGGGGAAGCAAACAUGCCUAAACCGAUCAAUGUCCGUGUGACCACCAUGGAUGCAGAGCUGGAGUUUGCCAUCCAGCCUAGCACCACAGGAAAACAGCUGUUUGACCAGGUGGUGAAAACAGUGGGUUUGCGGGAGGUUUGGUUCUUCGGUCUACAGUAUGUGGACAGUAAAGGUUACGUCACAUGGCUAAAACUGAACAAAAAGGUGACGCAGCAAGAUGUGAAGAAAGAAAACCCUCUGCAGUUCAAGUUCAGAGCCAAGUUUUUCCCAGAGGAUGUGUCUGAGGAACUGAUCCAGGAGAUCACACAGAGACUUUUCUUCUUACAGGUAAAAGAGGCCAUUUUGAACGACGAAAACUAUUGUCCUCCAGAGACGGCCGUCUUACUGGCUUCGUAUGCUGUCCAGGCCAAGUAUGGAGACUACAGCAAAGAUGUUCAUAAGCCUGGAUACCUUACCCAUGACAGACUGCUGCCUCAGAGGGUUCUGGAGCAGCACAAGCUGACAAAGGAGCAAUGGGAGGACAGGAUACAGACCUGGCAUGAGGAACACAGAGGAAUGCUCAGAGAAGAUUCAAUGAUGGAGUACUUAAAAAUUGCCCAAGACUUGGAGAUGUAUGGAGUCAACUUUUUUGAGAUCAAAAACAAGAAAGGCACGCAGCUAUGGCUUGGUGUGGACGCACUCGGUCUAAACAUCUAUGAACACGAGGACAAAUUGACACCAAAGAUUGGCUUCCCCUGGAGUGAGAUCAGAAACAUCUCCUUUAAUGACAAGAAAUUUGUCAUCAAGCCUAUUGACAAAAAAGCACCUGACUUUGUAUUUUACGCCCCCCGUCUGCGCAUCAACAAGCGUAUUUUAGCGUUGUGUAUGGGUAACCACGAGUUGUACAUGAGGAGAAGAAAACCAGACACCAUCGAAGUGCAGCAGAUGAAGGCUCAAGCGCGAGAAGAAAAGCACCACAAGCAGAUGGAAAGAGACCAGCUGGAGAAUGAAAAGAGGAAGCGAGAGCUUGCUGAGAAGGAGAAGGAAAGGAUAGAGCGAGAGAAAGAGGAGCUCAUGGAGCGGCUGCGGCAGAUUGAAGAGCAGACAAUGAAAGCUCAGAGAGAGCUUGAAGAGCAGACCCGCCGGGCUUUGGAGUUGGAGCAGGAAAGGCAGAGAGCCAAAGAGGAGGCUGAGAAGCUGGAGAGGGAGAGACGAGCAGCAGAGGAGGCCAAGGCGGAGCUGGCCAGGCAGGCUGCAGACCAGCAGAAAACCCAAGAGCAGCUGGCUGCAGAGCUGGCAGAAUUCACAGCCAAGAUCGCUCUCCUGGAAGAGGCUAAGAGGAAGAAGGAGGACGAGGCCAUCGAGUGGCAGCACAAGGCUCUGUCUGCUCAGGAGGACCUGGAAAAGACCAAGGAGGAGCUGAAGACUGCAGUGACACCAGUAGCCGCUCAUCCCGGCGGUCACGCCGAGCAUGAGCACGACGAGCAGGACGAGAACCACGCAGAGGCAAGCGCGGAGCUGUCCAACGAGGGCGUCAGCCAGCUGGACCUCCGCAGCGAAGAGGCUCGUGUCACCGAGUUCCAGAAGAACGAGAGGGUGAAGAAGCAGCUGCAGACUCUAAGCACCGAGCUGGCGGACGCCCGAGACGAGACCAAGAAGACGCAGAACGACGUGCUGCACGCCGAGAACAUGAAGCAGGGCCGAGACAAGUACAAAACGCUGCGGCAAAUCCGGCAGGGCAACACGAAGCAGCGCAUCGACGAGUUCGAGUCCAUGUGAAAACAGAGCCGCCUAGUUUCCCCUCUUCUUACCAAGGCAACCAGACAAUGCCAAAGCUUCUUCACAUAGAGCCGCUCAGAACAAACAAUUUAUCUGAAGGGGAAGAAUAACUGUAAAACCAAAUCUAGAUUCUAUUUUCUACCUGGCAAUAGAAAGCUACCUUUUUUUUUGUUCUUAUUGUCUUUAACACACGUUUGAAAAAACUUUAGUCAGAUGUCAAGGUCCCUUUUUGUUCCUUUUUUGGGAAUAAUCCCCAUGUAUGGGGAUGAACCGCGUUGUGAUGGUUGUUAAUUUAGCUUUGAAUGUUACAUCAUGUCGAAACAUAUCAGAUAUUGGAGCUGAGUGAGACUUAACAUUUGGGAGGUUCAUGUGGAAGAAAAACAGCCGCAGUAUUUUUUAAUAGUUCACUUCCUGGUUGAUCUAAACGGCAGUAUUUAGAGCUUUUAAAAGGAAAUCUUUUCUGUGAAUGAAUUGGAGCCACUUGUCAAGCAGCAGGUUUUGACGGUUGAAUGUAACAGAGAUUACAAAGGGAAUUUUUUUUCUUAUUGGGUUAACUAAUCAGUUUGUGCCACUCAGCCGUCACCCUCGUGUUUAAAAGUAUUAUAAAGAUAAGCUAUAUGGUUCUGUUGUAGUGCUGCUGUGGGGUUCCCAGUCAUCGUUGAGGGUUUUCUAUGCCUACCUGCUCACGAAGGAUCCAUUGGAUGGUUUUAAGACGCCAUAGCAUCUCUGACUGGGGAGCGUAUGAGUACUUCAGUCCCAGGGUGGGACGCAUCUCUACCUCAGCGAUAACAGCAGCGCUGGCUGAAAGUCAGACACUCGGAGUGCGUCCUGCCUUUUCACAGAAACAAACUAGUAAUGUCGCUUUGUUGUUUUGGGUUACUAUUGCAAUAUUCCCCCACCCCCUUCCAGUCUAACAAUCACAUUUAAAGUUUGAAACUAUUUUUAUUAACGUUAAUAUUUGUUUGUUUUAUACCUGACAGCUGGUGUUGGUUCUUUGAUUUUCUUUUGUGUGGAAUAUUCAGCCGCCUUUAGUGUUUUUUUUUUUUUGUUUUUUUUUCCCAUAGCAGGUGGAAAGAAAUGACCUCAUUCUACCAGCUCCUGAUUUUGAAUCCUUUAAAAGAACAAAAAAAUACCAAACAAAACUGGAAAUUAGCCAAGUGUAGUAGUACGGGCUCUGCUGACAUGUUCAGCUCGACUCAAAGAAGGUUUUAUCUUUAGGGAUGAUGAUCAUGUCUGCUCUGGUACCAGCUGUCUUUUUUUUUUCUCCUUUCUGUUGUUCAUGUUUGUAUCCUUUAAGUUAGAUGGGCGGCGGUGGAUUAUGGUCCAUUUCUUUCUCACAAAUAAAAGUUUUACAUUUUAA